AUGUUCAUGCUACAUGAUGCUUACAUAGCCCUAACCAGUAACACCACAUCGCUAUCUGCAGUUGAUGAUGCCUUUCCAGAAACCGGGGACGAUAGCCAUCAAAAACAGACACCGACCGUUACCCACGACAUAGACCAGGCUUCUGAUGUUGUGGAGGGAGGACGGGAGGAUAACUUGAAAUUCGUGAAGCAGGAAAAUCACCAGGCAAGCUGGUAUCCAAAAUUUGGCUGCAAAAUACACGGCGGAAAGAUUUUCCCUUGGAAGCUCAUGCCAGCCGCACUCGUGGAAGCCAAUCUCAGCAUCCAAGGAUAUCCUGCACACAAGUGCCUAUUUCCCGGUGAAGCUCACAGUAAACAUGCAUUAAACAAAGGCAUUGGGGCGCUGAUGUAUAAGGAGAUCGCUGCGCUUGUCGAUUCGUUGAAGGCAGGCACUAUGCGCAUCAUCAAAUUUCCCGACGACGAUCGAGCGGCUGCAAUAGCUUCAGAGAAGCCCAUAAUCGAGGGCGAGGCACCUCCUUCUGAAUGGCCCCAUCAUGGCGCGCGACGGUUGUUCCUUGACGGCCAUACUGAUCACAAUGGUCUUCGUCGCCUCAAGCCCAGCACAGCAACUACGAAGGUCAAGAAGGGUGUUAAAGCACCCAAGCACCCUAUACCACCCUCCGAAGAUGAACCCUCUGAUGAUGAAUCAUUGGAGGGUGUAAGUGUCAAUGAUGCAGUUGGAACUUCUGCGCUCGAGCCCCUACCUCAAGUGAACGUGCGAAAGCCUAACUACAAAAUGCGAGUCGAAGUUGUACCUCCACCCUCACGCCCUUUCAAGGUUGUUCGACUUCCUUUACCACUGCCGCGUCCUUCCAAAGCCGUUCCCAUGCCAUCUGGAACUCCGAGUGAGGUUAUCGAAGUUACGUCUACCGAAGAGAAUCCUGUGGGAGAGCCCGACUCUGAGUAUGAAGAAGCAGGACGUGGAAAGAAGAGGAAGCUCAAGUCCGCGAAUACAUCGCGUGCGUCAAAGAAGAUUGCCCCGUCGAUUGAAAAGACUAACGCUUCAAAAGUGGGGAAGAAAGUUGGGCGAGGCGGUCCACUAUCCCCAUUAACAGUGGGAUCGUCGACCGAUGGACCUCCAUCACCAGAACAUAUUAAUGCUGGUAAAGCAAUGCGCCUUCGAGACGGACCUUCUGAUGAGUCUAAAAAGGUCACCAAGGGCUCUCGGGUGGUGAUGAAUCGUGGCCUGCGUAUGGUGUACGGGAACUCGGACUCUGAGUCUGACGUCGACAACAGCGUGAAGGCUAAUUCUGCAACCACAACGGGCGUCAUCCCCGAAGCCACUGGUUCAGCUAACAUCCAGUCUGAUCCUUUGGAGGAGAAGUCUGCACAGACGAAGGAUGAAGUAGUAGGAGAUAAGGAAGAACUACCCCCAAACCGCCCAUUGAAUGCAGCGGCCCCCAAUAUUCCCGACCAGCAGCCUCUUCGUGACUCCAACCACCCUCGUCCCCUCACUCCUCACAAGACUCAGGACGAGCGUCCACAUGAUAACCUCCCCAUGAUGCCCCUCGUGACAGCCCACUGCGCAACGCUCUCCAUGACCCUCCACGCGACCUUGUCCGUGACCCUCGAGAUGAUCAUGACCCUCCACGCGCUCCACGCGACCUUGUCCGUGACCCUCGAGAUGAUCACGACCCUCCACGCGACCUUGUCCGUGACCCUCGAGAUGAUCAUGAGCCUCUCCGUGACCCUCGAGAUGGUCGUGAGCCUCCCCGUCACCCUCGAGAUGGUCGUGAACCUCAUGAAGAUGCUCGAAGUGCUGUUCGCGACCCUACACGCAACCAUCAUGAGGCCGUACGGGUACUCCCAUGAACCUGCGCGUGGCCUCGACCGUGGCACUCUUCACCCCCGUGACGCAUUCUACCAUCGCAAUCCCCGCUAUGGUCCACCUCAAGAUCCUUAUGGAUCUGGCGAUAUUCGUAUGGAAAGUGACUUGAAUACUCGAGACAGCUCACCUGUGUCCGAUUUUCAUGGUAACUAUGGUCCUAGUGAGCGCGAACGUGCCUACCCGACCCGGUACGGUCCUGGGGGUGACUUAGGCUAUACUCAUGAAGGUGGAUACAGGUCCCGGCACAAUGACCUCGAUGAGCGUGGGCAAUCACUAUCUCCCUAUCAUAGUCGUCGAGUUGGUGGAGGGAGUUACCGCGAGGAAGGAUACCCUCAAGGCCCCGGUAGGAGAUUUCAGGAUUCGAGAUGGGAUGAAGGUGCUCAUUUGGACUAUGAUGCUAUACCACGAGCAUUCCGUCGCGAUCUGCCCAAUCCCCCAAGGCCUCCUCCCGCUACUUAA